AUGGCACAGCCGCCCAGACAGCGCGCGCCAGGCGCGAUGCCUCCGCGCCCGACUCCUGUGCAGCGUGGUCCGCGGCUUGGUGCACGAAUGCAGCCACAGCCAACGCAGCUGCUGCCGCCACAGCCUGUCAAACCUCCUGCGGCGCGUCCUACUGCACCUCGGUCGGUAGGUUCCAAGCCAGCGCCGCCAGCGCCCAUAACGCCGGCCGCGUCAGUACAUCGGCAUAUGCCAGCAUCCAAGCCUGCUAGUGCACCUACUUCCCAGCCCCCCGCGGCUGCUCCACGCCGACCACCCGCGUCAGGACAUGCUUCCUCUCUGUUCGGGGCGACAGACGUCUUUGGCGUCGUGCAGUCGUCGCCGUCUUACCAUGCACCGCCACGGUCCAGACCGGCGCAAAAGCUGCCGAAUGUGCCUCAGGUCAAGCCAAGGCCAUCACAGGCACCGCCGUCAGCGCCUCGUGCGCCACAGGCACCCAUCACACAGCGACCGACGUCGUCAAUGAGUGCACAGCAUACGGGCCACAGCAUCCAGUCGCAGCCCACUGGUCAUGGUGCCCCAUUCCAGGCGAUUCAGCCUAUGGCAAAGCAACAGACAGGGCCCAUUCCGCGUGCCUCUGUGCCUCGCUCUCGUCCCUUACCGCCCCCUGCACCAGAGCCACAGCCAUGGGAUGCAUGGGAAGCGCCUGUGCCCCAGGCAACUCAAUGGCAAACCGAAUACGAUUCGCUUGCAUCAGUACCGGAAAAUCAAUAUGGCUCAGUACCUUUUGAUGUGCAAGAUAAUAUGCAGUACGGUGCUGAUCCACAGCAGGGCCAGUACGAGGAAUAUGCGCAAUGGGACGAACAGUAUGCGUCGCAAGAGCAGGUCACCAAUGAAUGGGACUAUGGUUAUGAAGGCCAAGACGAUGGAUUCCUGGACCCAUCACAGUAUGAUGCCGAAUUCAAUGAUAUGCUCGGCGACAUGACCGCCGCCCCGCCGCUCGAGACACAACAACCCAACUACGAUAGUGCCUAUCAAGAAGGCUACGAAUUUGGUCCGGAGGAAACUUAUGGACAACAGAGCGAAGGUGCCUACGAGCAUCCCAAUGAUACGCAACAAGCAUUUCAAGAAAAUAUUCAGCAAGGCACUUUCCCAGAAGGAGAGUACCAAGAUUGGACCUUCCCAGAGGAAGAAUACCAAGAGGGAGAUUAUCCUGCUCAAAGUGAAUACCAAGCAGAGUACCUUGCCGAAGGUCAAUACCCUGAGGGCGUUUUCCCCGAAGGCGAGUACCAAGGGGAAUAUGCUGCUGAGGGAGAGUACCAAGAAGGCGUAUUUCCCGAGAGCGAGUAUCAAGGAGGAUAUGCCGCCGAGGGAGAGUACCAACAUGACACAGUUCCAGAGGAACAAUAUCAGGGCGAUUACGCUGCCGAGGGAGAGUACCAAGGCGAAUAUGCCGCUGAGGGAGAGUACCAAGGCGAAUAUGCCGCUGAGGGAGAGUACCAAGAAGGCACAUUCCCGGAUGGCGAGUACCAACAUGACACAGUUCCAGAGGAACAAUAUCAGGGCGAUUAUGCCGCCGAGGGAGAGUAUCAGGCCGGUACAUUCCCUGAGGGUGAAUACCAAGGCGAACACGCCACCGAGGGAGAGUAUCAAGAAGGCGCAUUCCCCGAGGGACAGUACCAAGAAGGCACAUUCCCGGAUGGCGAGUACCAAGGCGAAUAUGCCGCUGAGGGAGAGUACCAAGAAGGCACAUUUCCCGAUGGCGAGUACCAACACGCCGCAGUUCCAGAGGAACAAUAUCAAGGAGACUAUGCUGCCGACGGAGAUUAUCAAGAAGGCGCAUUCCCCGAGGGCGAAUACCAAGACGGCACAUUCCCUGAUGGCGAGUAUCAGCAGGACGCAGUUCCAGAGGAACAAUACCAGGAAGACUAUGCUGCUGAGGGAGAGUACCAGGAGAAUAUGCAUCUUGGCGAUGAGUAUCAAAAAGAAGUCAUCCCUGAAAGUGAAUAUCAAGACUAUCCGACCGAGGGUCCUAUUGCUUCACCGGGCAAGCCUCUAGGUGACUAUCCAGAGGGAGAAUACCCACAGCAGUAUCUCUCGGAAGAUAUUCCGGAGGGAGAAUACGCCGCUGAGUCCUAUGCACCUGAAAGCGACGUGGCUCGUGAGGACUCUGUCAAGGAUAUGGGAAAAACAAUGUCACCUCCUAAAGAACCACGCUUUGAUUCGACUGUCGCUUUACCCAAAGGAUCGGCUCAACGUACAAAGCCUGCCCUGUCAAAGCCACCUGUAGAACGUCAGGCGCCAUCACUGCCGCCACCUGUUAUGGAGCCGGAGGAUGACGCGUGGGGCUGGAAUGAAGAAGCAGACGACCAAGACGACGUGUAUGCACACGAUGCGUAUGCAUCGCAAGACUAUGGCACACAACCCGCACAGGUGUCCAUGCCUGACCACGCCAAAGCAAGCAUCCCGAUCGCGGCGUUUGGUAUCGGCGGUCAGCUGGCCAUUCACCUGCCGCAUGCUAAGCCCCAGGGCGAUGCGUUCGAGUACACAUCGCCGCAUAUGCAGCGGACGGUGCAGAUUCAUUCGCUUGCGCAAUUCGUCGGCGCGCGUCCUUUUUCAACGCUCGACAUGCACAAAUUCCCAGGUCCCCUUCUCGAUGGUGUGCGACCUAACAAGCAAAAGAAGGCUCAAGUGGUUCAGUACCUGCAAGACCAAAUUAAUGAGUCGGCGAGCGGUAUUGGAUACCUGCGACGCAAAUCAGUGAUCCAGGCUACAGGAAUGCAACAAAACGAUGCGAACGAAUGGAGGCGUACGGAAGACAAGGUGCUGCUACUCAAGCUUCUCGUUCUGCUGGUUGAGCAUGACGGCAAACUAGCCGACGAUCCAAGCCUUUCAGCAACGAUCGGCGAUCUGCUGCAAAAUCGCAAUGAGACAGCUGAUGAGUUUAGUGCGUUCAAUGUGCCAACCUACCCGCGGUCCUCGUCGCAAUCGGCCAUGAAACGGCCAAUCCGGACGUAUACGUUGCGCCAGGCCUUUUUGGAAGAGCUUCAGACGCUGCUUCAACAGGGUCAAGUAUCACGUGCUGUGGAAUGGGCUCUCCAAGAAAAGAUGUGGGCGCAUGCCAUGACCCUAUCUCGGCAGCUCGACAAAGCCACGCAGGACCGCGUGGUUACCGAGUUUGUAAACUAUGAGCUGGGCGGUGCUGAUGUGGAUGAUGCGAUGCGAAAGGACUAUACGAGUAUCAAGGUGGCCUACUCGCUGUACACUCAGCAAACCCCUGAGCAGAUUGCAGCGUUGUUCCGUGGUCCAUCGACACUUCUCCCUGACGCGCAGCAUGUGCAGUGGCGCCAAGCGGUAGCGACGCUCCUUUCGAACCGCGACUCGUCAAGCAGCCACAACUCUGUGCUGCGUGCCAUAGGCGAUGGCCUUAUGGCAUCAGGCCUGCCAGAGGCGGCGCAUGUGUGCUACUUGCUGGCUCAUCAGCACCGAGCAUGGUUCAAGUCGCCUGAAAACCCCACAUGCAUCCUACUAGGCACUAUGUCUGAUUCGCCGAUACACACGGUACUUAAUGACAUGGAUGCAUUGCUUAUGACGGAGGUGAUGGAGUAUGCGUAUGCUUUGAAUCAACCCAAGAGUACUGAACCUUACGUCGGCAUCCCAGCUUUAGCUCCUUUCAAAAUUGUGAUGGCCGCUGUCUUUGAUGAACUGGGAGAUGCGAAGCGCGCGAAGAAGUACUGUGAUGCGCUAGCCAACUUGUCUCGCACCAAGAAUGCCACACCGAUUCUCACGCCGCAGUUACAGAUGGAGCUGCAUCAGUUGACGAGUCGGCUGAAUGGCCAACCGAUGCAUGGAGAUUCCCUGUCCUGGAAAGCCAGGCGACCAACACUCGAUGGCGUGUGGGGUGCGCUUGAAGGUCGCUUGACCAAAUUUAUUGCCGGCGAAGAAGGCAAUGAGCAAAAAGGUUCUGAACUUGACAGCAAAAAGGCGGCGGAAGAACCUGUCGGCGCCUUUACGCAUUACAGCGCCAUCACGCCCGAGGCCGCCUCACUUACCUCUGAUGCACCGCAGCCAAUUGACAGUACAGAGGGCAGCUACUCGGCAGACGCCUAUGCCCAAACAUACGCACAAGAUCCUUCUGAAGAGCUACCUGACCAAGAUCAGUACGCUGAGAGUGAUUUCAAGGGCGACUACCAGGGAGACUUGGCCGGUGGCGAUGACGGAUACCAAGGAUACAACCAUGAUCAGGGCGAAUAUGCUCAAGAGUACCCCGAGGGCGAGUAUCCUGAAGACAACUAUGAAGGAGAUUUUGCUCAAGAGAAUUAUCCAGAGGACGCCUAUGCUCAAGAAGGCUAUAAUGAAGGCGAGUAUCCUUUAGACAAUUAUGCUGAAGGAGACUAUGCUCAAGAGGGGUUUGCCGAGGAUGCAUAUGCUCAGGAAGACUAUCAUGAGGGUGAGUAUCCUCCACAGGAGUAUGGAGGAGAUUAUGCUCAAGACGGUCAUCCGGAGAAUCCAUAUGAUCAGGAAGGCUAUAAUGAAGGCGAGUAUCCUCCAGAGGAGUAUGCUGAGGGAGGCGACGCUCAAGAGGCCUACCCAGAAGAUCAGUACGCCCAGGAAAGCUAUGCGGAAGACGAAUAUAACGAGGGCGAGUAUCCAACAGAGGAGUAUGCUGAGGGUGAUGUUCAAGACGCUCAUCCCGAGGAUGAGUACUACCAAGACGAUGCCGGAGGUGAGCGAGAGGGCCGCUCUGAAGGUCAGAACCACGCCGAGAAUGAUGCAGGUCAAAAUGAUCUAGAAGGCCCAGAAACAAAUGAGGACGCACCGCCCCCUGUAUUCCAUAAGGUCGAUUCGACGGUCGACGAGGACGGCUUGCUAUCCACAAUGCCUGCACCGACGUUAGAGCCGGCAGCAAGUCCCGCACCGUCCAAGGCACCUCCCAAAAAGCCUGUGGAGGAUGAUGAAGACGAUGAUCUGGGCUUUGGUAACACAAGUCACAACAAGACGGUAGAAAAGGAACCCGAGCAGAAGCAAGACACUACGCCCAAAGAGUCGGAGCCCAAACCAGCGGACAAGCCGUCCAGUAAUUCAUCAUGGCUCGGCCGUCUGCUCGGCUCUCGCAGUAGCCACGCCUCAAGUCAACAAAACGAAAAAGAGGGUAAGGCCGUACGUGCCCAUUUAGGCGAAGAAACGUCGUUCUAUUACGACAAGGAACUCAAGCGUUGGGUCAACAAAAAGGCCGGUGAUGAUGCCAAUGCCAAACCAGCACCGCUUCCACCCCCACCGAAAAAGGCUCCUGCGCCCGCCAAACCCGAGGCACCCGCAGCGGCGCCCCCGCCAUCCAGUAGUGGUGGCAGCACUGGUCCACCGUCAGCCCGGGCCGGUGCGCCUCCGCCGCGACCGCCAGCGUCAGGUGGUGGCAGUGGCGGCGGAAAGAAACGCACCAAGCCGCGCUACAUUGUCGUGGACUAA